UGCCACCUACCUACAUGUAAUGGACAAAGGUACUGAUCCACUUUGUGAUCUAUAAACUGAUUAUCUCUCUCUCUGCCCCGCCCUAGCUACAUCAUCAUCAUCAUCAUCAUCAUCAAUUAUCUCAUUUUUCUGCGAACCCUAGAUCCCUAAUUGUUAUUAGUUAAAUCCUUCUUGCUUUGUGAAACCCAUUCAUUCUCCUCUUAAUUAAUUAAAUUGAAUAAUAACAAUAAUCUCCACUCACUAACGUUGCGAUUUGUGGAAUCAAAAUUCCCCUUUCUUGAUGCUGUGUUGUGUGCUUCGAUUCAACGAACAAUUGGGGGCAUCUGUUUGUUACCAUCCAUCCAUAAUAUAUGUAGUUAGUUAGUUAGUUAUCCUUAUCCAAUCCAAUCCAAUCCAGAUUGUGCUGAAAUGGUAUGUUGUAAUUAUAGCUGUGCCAAUGAAACUAAUUGUGUAAUCCUUAUUAUACAUUCUCCGAAAUGCAAUUAGCUUCAAACACUGACAAGGAUGAUGAUGAUGAUGAAUGUUCAGAAAGCCAACCCAUCUUGAAUCACCAAGACUCCUCCUCCUUUUCCUGUGAAAUUAUUCCUGCCAACACUGAUGAUGAUGAUGAUGAUGAUGAUGAUAUAGAGAAUGUUCCCGUUGACGACUCUUCUCAUCUUCUAAAUGCAGAUCACCCGCAAUGCCGAAUAUGCCUUGAUCUUGGAGGAGAAGACUUAAUUGCCCCUUGCCAUUGCAAAGGUACCCAAAAGUAUGUCCACAGAUCAUGUCUGGAUAAUUGGAGGUCUACCAAGGAGGGCUUUGCUUUUUCUCACUGUACAGAGUGCAGAGCUGUCUUCAUAUUACGAGCAAAUGUCCCAAAAGAUCGGUGGUGGUUGAGGUUGAAAUUUCAGUUCCUUGUUGCCAGAGAUCAUGCAUUCAUUUUCAUCAUUGUUCAACUGGUUGUUGCUUUCUUGGGAGUGCUUAUUUACAAAUUCUAUGGAGAUGAACUUAGAGAAAUGUUUGGUUAUGAAGAACAUCCAUAUGGAUUUUAUACAAUGGCUGUUCUCGCCAUUAUUUUGGUGGGUUUGCUCUAUGGCUUCUUUAUAGCGAUAAUAUGUGGCCAAAGAAUCAAUGAACGCCACUACCAUGUUCUUGCGAAACAAGAACUGACAAAGGAAUAUGUGGUAGAAGAUCGAGAACAUGUAAAGAAUGUGCCUGAACUCGACCCCAGCCAUGUGACAGAACUAAGGAUGUUGGGCCUUUACUAGCUGCAUUCAAGAUCCAAAAUCAAUUCCAUUUGGCAGGAUGCUUCUGAUUUCUGAAUGGUGAUCUGUUAUAAAGGAGUGUAUAUAAUCCAAACUAUGAUGUUAUUUUUUUAGGAAACAAAUAUAUGUUAAUCCAAGGAGACAAAUAUAUGUGGUUGCUCAUUUUCUUAAUUGGGUGGCCACAUAUUGGUCUAAGAUCUCUAUUUUUCAUUCUCUGCCAUUUUGUAUCUUGAAUUCUAUUAAUAUGAUAUGAGAUUGUUUCAGUAGAAAAAAGAUCCGAAGUUACAAUUUUUUUUAA